AUGGAGACCAACAAUAAAGACCUGGAACUUUCCAACCUUUUCGACGUGAAGGGCAAGGUCGCCCUCAUCACAGGCGGAGGAUCCGGCAUUGGUCUUAUGGCCGCCCAAGCCCUUGCAGUCAACGGUGCCAAGGUCUACAUUGUUGGGCGUACAGAAGAAAAACUUGAGAAAGUCGUUGAGGUGCACGGGAAAGGCAUUGCCGGCGAGAUCAUACCUCUUGUUGCCGACAUUACAAGCAAGGAAGAAAUCCAGAGGCUUGUGAAAGAAAUCGAGUCCCGCGAGCAAUGCCUCUGCAUCCUGAUCAACAACGCCGGUAUCGCAACCUCAAAACAGAAGCCGGAAGGCGAGACAGCGGCCGAGUUGAAGAAGAACCUCUUUGAUCCAGAGAACGCCAAUUUCGAAGACUGGGCGACGACCUACAAGACCAACGUGCCCCAACUCUACUUUAUGACCCUCGCCUUCCUCCCUCUCCUGGAGAAAGCCACCGAGCACAUGAAGGGCUAUACUGGCUGCGUCAUCAACAUCAGCUCUAUCUCUGGCCUGGUCCUCAAGUCCCAGGCCCAUUUCUCCUACAACGCGAGCAAAGCCGCCGCAAUCCAGGUGACCAAGCUGCUGGCCUCAGAGAUUGCCAACGCCGGCGUCAAGGUCAGAGUCAAUUCUAUUGCACCAGGUGUCUUUCCGAGUGAGAUGACGGCCGGAGAGAGCAAGGACAACCAGAAGAGUGAAAUACCGGCCGAGAAGUACGCACACCUGCCAGCACGUCGUCCAGGGAAUGAUAGGGAUAUGGCCAAUGCGGUCUUGUUCAUGGUGACGAAUCAGUAUCUCAAUGGCCAGAUCGUGCCUGUCGAUGGAGGGUACUUGCUGAAGUUCGGGACGUAG